AUGUCUAACAAGAUCCAGUUGCCUCCUAUUUCCAACUUGUUAAAGCAACAAGACUUCCUGGAACCUCAAAUGAGUAUUCCUGUCCCUGGUGCCACCACUGCAUCAUAUUUAGAUGCAAGCACAGUCUUAUCUGACCCAUCAAAGAGUCCGCAAAAUGACGGCAAAUUGGCUCCUCUUCUCCAACCAAUGUUACCGACUUUUAUUCAACCACCAGUAACUUCCGCCGCCACUGGAGCUCCUUCCAACUUCCCAGUACCCCAACAAUUGCCUCCACCAACUAUACCUGCUCAAGUUUACGCUGGCCAACAGUUUGCUCCACCUUCCUUAUAUGCCUUGCCUACUCCAGCUAAUUCAUCUCCUUCCAACACACCUCCUUUAAAUGCAACCAAUUUGUACUACUAUCUGUACCCAUCAUAUGUCUACACUUAUCAGAAUGGUCAACCAGUUGUUGCAGCCUUGGCUCCAGGUACCAUACCGCUGGCUUAUGCUACUGUUGGUGCCACUACUGCUCCUCUUGCCGACGGUAAAAGUACCGCUGUUGGAGCAGGUGCUGUGGGUUCAACCGCCACCAAGGCAGCAUCUUUGGGUGGUGCACCUCAAGCUUCUACCGUUAGUCCUGUUGCUAGUCAAGUUGGUAGUGCGGCAGUAGGUGAAAAUUCGGUUUCUCCUGGUGCAAAAUCGCCUUCCACUCUUCCUCCUAGAGAAAGAAAGGCAUCUAUGGGACAUAUGUCAUUGGACAAGACCCGUAAAACCAGAAGCAAUUUGCCUAAGGAAACUACAUUUAUACUUUUGAAAUGGUUAAAUGAGCAUUUGAACCAUCCAUACCCUAACUCGUUUGAAAAGAAUCAGUUGAUGCUUAGCACCGGUUUGAAUCAACAACAGUUAUCCAAUUGGUUUAUCAAUGCCAGAAGACGGAAGAUUAGGGUGUUAAAGGAACAAACUCGUAUCAGUAGUGUAUAA